AUGUUCACUUUGCGUGCAGCAAUUAUGUGGACUGUGAAUGAUUUCCUAGCAUAUGCAAUGGUUUCUGGGUGGAGCACAAAGGGUUAUAUGGCAUGUCCUGUAUGCAAGGAAGAUGUAACUUCUGGUUGGCAUACUGGAAAAGUUUGUUACCUUGGUCAUCGGAGAUGGUUGCCAUGGGACCACGAGUGGAGGGAAAAAGAUAAAGAGUUCGACAGGAACACAGAGCGUCGCCUCAGACUUAGAGAAUGGUCCAAUGAUGUGAUAUUGGACCAGCUUAACCGUUUGGAUUUUGCUCCGUUCUGGAAAACAGUGAGUCAGAUCAGACCUUUUACACAUAUGAACUGGACGCACAAGCCUAUGUUUUUGGAGCUCCCAUAUUGGUCGAAACUCAAAUUCAGGCACAAUCUAGAUGUGAUACAUGUUGAGAAAAAUGUAUUCGACACAUUGGUGGGCACGAUUCUAGAUAUCGAAGGCAAGACAAAGGACACGAUCAAAGCUCGUCUUGAUUUGGAAAGAAUGGGCAUACGAAGGGGUUUAUGGAUGAAUAGGGACAGUGAUAAAGCUAGAAAAGAUCUUGCAUUUUUUUCUAUGAAAUCGAAUGACAAGAAAGAGUUUCUAAAGUUUUUAUCGUCUAUAAAGUUUCCUGAUGGGUAUGCUUCUAAUAUCACACAUUGCGUGAAUGUUGACGGGGGUAAAUUUAUUGGACUUAAGAGCCAUGACUGCCAUGUAUUUAUGCAACGCCUACUUCCUGUGGGUAUUCGACACCUAUUACCGAAAGAUGUAGUGAAGCCAAUCAUUUUGUUGUCCAGAUUUUUUUCCCAACUGACGGCAAAAACAUUGCGAAAGACGGACAUGUUUCAGUUGCGCCAUGACAUUGUCCAAGUCCUAUGCAAGUUUGAGAUGAUAUUUCCUCCAACGUUCUUCACAAUUAUGAUGCACGUGAUGCUUCACUUGCCAGAAGAGGCAUUGCUUGCUGGUCUUGUCAACUAUCGUUGGAUGUAUCCAAUUGGAAGGCUUCUCGAAAAGCUGAAAAAAAGUGUACGCAACAGGGCGAAGCCCGAAGGAUCAAUUAUAGAGGCUUGGGUUCAAUAUGAGUCGCUUACUUUCUGUGGAAUGUAUUUAAAAGAUGUGGAGACGGCUUUCACUCGUCCUCAGCGCAAUAAUGACGGAGGUAUGAAAAAUGAAAAACUUUCAGUUUUUGCCCAAAGCGCAUGA